UCGAGCUCCAGCUUGGGUCGCAAGAAAGAGGAUGGUUCCAAAGUCAGCAGCAAGACCGGCACGCCAGCGAAGACGAGGGUUCGUGACUCCGCACACCCGUCCGCUUGGCCAGCCAUAAGGCCAGGUAGGCGCAGGCAUUGCAUGGCAGAACCCCCAAGGGGUCUGGCAGACACGGGAGAUCCCCUUGGGAAAGGGAAGGAAGUGUUCGAUGCAGAGCUUAUAGGAGCAUGCAGGGCCUUAGAGCUCACCCCAAGGCUUUGUGGCCAGGGACCAGUCACCAUCUUACUAGAUUCCCAGGCAGCCAUCGCACGACUCCAACACCGACAACCAGGCCCCGGGCAAGGACUAGCCAUCCGAGCUUAUCAAGCGGCUCAGACCCUAGAAGCUCAAGGCAGGAAAGUUACAAUCCAAUGGGUCCCUGGGCACCAUGGCGUCGAGGGGAACGAAAAGGCCAACCAGGCAGCUAAACAAGCAGCUGAAAAGACGCCCCAAAGAGGCUCUGGAGAGCUUUCCCUGGCCUAUGUGAAUCGAGCUUGCACAGAAGUAAUUCAGGCCCAUGGACAACAAUGGCUCACAAAGGCACUAGGCCGCAGAAGCCUAGAAGCUCAGAGAGUAUAUAGGACACAACCUGGCUGGAGACAAGACCCAGUAGCUGCUGCAGCCCUAAAGAAGAUAGCCAGUCGGUACUACCAGCUUAAAAUAGGCCAUGCGGCCAUCGGAACCUACCUACAAAAGACCCAGGCACGAGAAUCAGAGGCAUGCCAGGGGUGCCAGGCACCCAAGGAGUCAGUCUACCACCUCCCGUUCGAGUGUAGAUAG